GAAUGGGCAAGGCAGCGGGCACGAUCACGAAGAUGCGCGGAGGAGAUCGUAUUGCUUGUGGAGGAGAUGAGGCAUGUACUGACGUAUCUCCGAUCGAAGGUGACCUGGUGGGAUCAACAGCAGGACGGACGAUUUGCAGAAGACUGCGUUAUGCGCGGACUUAGUGCUUACGCGCACCGUCAAUCGCGCAUACUUACCAAUCUUGGCAGUGUCUUCGCGGCGCAAUGGCUACCAUUACUCAAGAUCUCCGCUCUUGGAGGUGAAUGGAUAUCGGAGUUCGACACCUUG